CAUUCUGUUUCUCUUUUUUAUAGAUCAGGGCGGAUGGUUUUGAGCAGGUCGUUUUGGAAAAAAGACAACUGAAACUAGUUAAAAUCUAACGAAAUUACACUUUUGGAUCAAUUAAACGUUGUCGGCGAGUGAGCAGAUGCCAGAAUGAAGGUUGUAAAAAGGAUGCGUAAAAGUUACAACCGUGCGUAACUAGUGCGCGCGAUGCGUAAAUGCUGGUAAUAUUAUCAACUGUGGAUUCCGUUAUUGUGACGCAUUUAAACUUUACAAUUUGUGAGUACACUUCUCAGUCUAUGAAGCAUCAGAAUCUAAAUUCAGAUGCAUAUUCAUUGCGGACCAUGUAAGCGCGUUUCUGAUUCAACCCCUCCAAAUAUGAUAACUCUGUAGGUCUCUCUGACGAUCGAAUUUGGAUACAAAACCCACUCAUCGAAAAAAGUUUUAUUUGUGAUCUAUACCGAUACCUUUUAACUUCAAAUCUAUUCCGUCAAUUAUGCAAUUUAGUAGUCACUAAAGCCAUCGGGUAUGCAGUCAAAGAACGUCACACUCCCCCGCCCAUGAUCAGAGAGAAUAUCAAAUCUGGUUGUGUCAAACUGUCCUCAUGCCUUUUCUGCGAAGAUGAUGACACAAGAGACUGCAUUCAAAGCGACCGCAAUAUUUUCACCCGUCACGGUUUCAAGAUAACCUUUUCAAGUGGACGACCCAAUGCCCAUGUCAAAUAAUAGUUUUUAGCUGUUUUGCUUGGACAAAUAUGGAACGCGGAAUCAACCACCUGUUUUCAGUGAGGACAACCAUUGUCUGGUGCUUCUUCUUAUUCUUCUGCCAUGAGAAGACCCACUCCCAUGCUGAGGAUGAGCUUUUCAAGAAGCUCUUUGUCCGUUACAACAAGUGGUCCAGACCUGUGCCAAACAUAUCUGACGUGGUCAUCGUCAAGUUUGGCCUCUCCAUCGCACAACUGAUUGAUGUGGAUGAGAAAAACCAGAUGAUGACAACCAAUGUCUGGCUGAAGCAGGAGUGGAAUGACUACAAGCUUCGCUGGAGACCCUCAGAUUAUGACAAUGUGACGUCUAUUAGAGUUCCGUCUGAACUCAUCUGGGUUCCUGACAUUGUUCUCUACAACAAUGCGGAUGGUGAGUUUGCAGUGACCCACAUGACUAAGGCUCAUCUCUUCUAUAACGGCAGAGUCCUCUGGGUUCCUCCGGCCAUCUACAAGUCCUCCUGCUCCAUCGACGUCACCUUCUUCCCUUUCGACCAGCAGAACUGCAAGAUGAAGUUCGGUUCAUGGACCUACGACAAGGCUAAGAUUGACCUGGAGAAGAUCGAGGACACAGUGGACCUCAAUAACUACUGGGAGAGUGGCGAAUGGGCCAUCAUCAACGCCGUGGGAAGGUACAACACCAAGAAGUAUGACUGCUGCCACGAGAUCUACCCGGACAUCACCUACUUCUUCAUCAUCAGGAGACUGCCUCUGUUCUACACCAUCAACCUCAUCAUCCCCUGCCUGCUCAUCUCCUGUCUCACCGUGCUGGUCUUCUACCUGCCCUCCGACUGCGGGGAGAAGAUCACCCUCUGCAUCUCCGUCCUCCUCUCCCUCACCGUGUUCCUCCUCCUCAUCACCGAGAUCAUCCCCUCCACCUCGCUGGUCAUCCCCCUCAUCGGGGAGUACCUCCUCUUCACCAUGAUCUUCGUCACCCUCAGCAUCGUCAUCACCGUCUUCGUCCUCAACGUGCACCACCGCUCUCCGAGCACACACCAGAUGCCGCCUUGGGUCCACACCGUGUUCCUGGACCUCAUCCCACGCUGGCUCUUCAUGAGGAGGCCGGCGCCGGACGGCCGGCGCCGCAGGUUGCUGCUUCUCCAGCAGGGGGCGACGGUGGCCAGGCAGCAGGGAGCUCGGAGCCUCGCCACGCACAGACACACGGGCCCCUGUCUGAGCACCUCGGCCAGCUGGCUGCAGGACGGCGACAUGGCGGGCGAUCCCCAGAGGCCUCGCUACGAGGACCUGGAGCUGGGGACGCUGUCCUCGUACUUCUCUUUCCGCCCGCCGUCGCCCAGGCCCCCUGGCUCCACCCCCCCGCCGCAGCCCAACCUCGCCGCGCCUCAGGGUCGUCCGGAUGCAGGAGGGGUCGGAGGCGGCGGAGUGGCCAAUAGGAAGGUGGCGGGUGGAGGAGGAGGCAGGGUGAAUGUGGUCCGGCGGGCGACAAAGGUGGAUAAGGUGGCUUCAGAUGUGGCGUUCCCUCUCAGUCCCAGUGUGCUGCGAGCGCUGGAGGGGGUCCACUACAUCGCCGACCACCUGAGAGCAGAGGAUGCUGACUUCAGUGUGAAGGAGGACUGGAAGUAUGUUGCCAUGGUGAUAGACCGCAUCUUCCUGUGGAUGUUUAUCAUCGUGUGUCUGCUGGGUACCAUCGGCCUGUUCCUGCCCCCAUGGCUGGCCGGCAUGAUUUAGCCACCCCUGUGUGCGCUCUCAGCAAGCAGCAAAAUGACUGGUGCUGCCCAAGAGCGCCGGGCUGUUACUGCUUCAACUCUGAAGUGGGAAGCAGCUGACUUCCAGGGGAGGUCAUCUGGGGUUCGUCAUUUCUGCUUUUCACCUUCAGAGGGUAGGGAGCAUGUAGGGACUCAAGGGGAGAGCAGGUGGGAACUCUGAAUGCUUUAUGGACAACAGCUUUUCUAAAGGACAGAGACGGUUCCUCCUGCUCUCUUUUCCCCUGAUACUGCUGCCAAACAAUACCAAGCAUAUUUUUUGAAUGACUUGUCAUGUAGUACAAUAAAUAUAAUUAUACAGAGAACCACAUUCAGAAUUUACUGAAAGCAUUUUUGGCUAUAGGAGGUAUUGGUUAAAAUAAGUGAUGGUAUCUGUUCCACAAGGGUCACAAAUUGGUCUUGCCAUCUUCCUUGUCUGAUAGCCCUGAAUGCACUUCAAUUAACACAUGCACACUUGAGUGUAGCUAAGAUGAUAGGAUACAUUCUACAGUUCAACAAACACAGCCUUUGAGUAAGAUCAGAAAUGUAGUCAACACUAUGAAUGAGACCCGACUGGUUAAG